CAGCAAUCUCAGAGAAGCCACUCGAACUACAUCCUUCAACAUUUUUUUUCUUCUUGGUUUCAGAGAAAAUCCUGCUCUAGUUAACUUUCAAGCAGCAUUUUCUGCUUGAUGUCAAUGGAUAUUGCACCCAAAACUUAAUGAAGAUGUGGUCCUGGUUAAAAAUUUCUGGUUUCUUCCAGGUUUGUAUGGAUCCCUGCAGUCCACCAUGAAGUAGAUCAACCAAGUCCUUCUGACUUCAAGCCAAACCUUGUCUAUCUACUUAACAUAAUCCUGGAAAGGAGCAGGCCCCAAGCUGCUCCUGGAACCAUGCGGGGUUGCUUGUGGAGAUUCAUGGGAGUCAUGGCAUCCUUAGUCACCCUGGGAUUCUUUAUUCAAGAGAAUAAAGCAGCCCAUGUGGAGUAUAACACAACACCGAAUGAAAAGAAGAAAAUAAUACAGCAGAUAGCUCAGGAGCAAAUCAGCUCUGAAAUGAAGAACCAUCUGAAAUACUUCACAAAGAUUCAGAAAAACUCCCCUGUACUCCAGGAUGCCAACUAUACACUUCUGGCUGGAACCUCUCUCCAGGGAAAGUGGAUGCUGACAGUGGGAAUCUUCUCAGUGCAGCGUACCCAUGGGAGUUACCUGUUGGACACUCUGCAGUCCUUGUUCCAAGCUUCCUCAGAACGGGACCUGGAAUAUAUGCUGGUAUUGGUCCUCCUGUCAGACACUGACCCCAAAUGGCUCAGCCAAACAGUUGCCAACAUCUCAGGUCUCUUCUUGCCACACAUUGAGUCCGGGAGGCUGGCGGUGGUCCAUGGUCUGCUUGGUGACUCCCUAGCAAAGAGCAGAAACUAUACCUCACCCUGCGGAGAACUUUAUUCUAGGCAGAAAACAAGUUUUGCCCUCCUCAUGAAUUUUGCCAGCAACCUCUCUGACUACUUCCUGUUGCUAGGAGAUAAUGUGAGGUGUGCCCCCAGGUUUGUGCCUGACAUCUACUGGGCAGUGUCAGCCUGGAAAGAGCUCCCUUGGGUGAUCCUAGACUUCUCUAACAUGAAGAUCUCUGGAAAGGUUUUCCAUACCAGGGACCUGUCCCGCCUGGUCUCCUUCUUGCUCCUCUUCCCUAAGGACAUUCCCACUCACUUGCUUCUCUCUGAAUUCAGUCUUCUCUUGUCUCAAAAUGUUCCAAUUCACUUCAGUUCCUCCAUCUUCUACCCCAUGGACAGUUACUCAGGGGCUGAAGACACAUGCUUCCCUGUGGCACAAGACAAGGACUUAGGAGAACCAGACAACCCUGUGGCUACUGUCUUCACAGACAUGCUCUCGUUUUGGGACACGCUUCCACAAUAUGCCUACAUUCUCAAUGAUGAUGGUUUAUGGGUUGUUGACCCUAUAAAAGGUAACUACUUGCUUGUGGUUCUGGACAAGCCACAGAAAGUCAUCCGGGUAGCAGUGCUGACAGGCUCUUCUCAGAAAAGGGUGAACUUAUUAUCUCAGGCACAAAUAUUGCUGGGCUAUAACCUCAUGGACUACCCCAAACGCUGCGCUCACUAUACCCUGGUAGGACCUUUGGUGCGAGGGCAGUUGGACCAGAUGGUAUAUUAUGAAGAAGAUUCUGUGAAGGAGAUUAGUUGCAUAAAACUACUGGUGACAGCAUCUCAUGACUCCCCCGUCAGGAUCCUACAGAUCAGAGUCUGGACAGAAGUGGAAGAAGAAGAGAAUUAGAGGGCACCAUGGGAUUUCUGCAAGGACUGGGUCUGGGAAGAGGAAAUAAAUACAUCAAUUGACCAAGAA